UACUUUUGUACUAUCCCAUGGAAAUGCUGCCUGUCUGGAACGUGACAUUCAACAGUAUGGCUCUAUUAGAGAGACUCUUUCAAGAGUCCUUCCCACUUCCACCACUCGGGUAACUGAACAAUCUCCAGGUAGAAACUGUUCUGUUCUCAUGUCCUGAAAUGACCCAGUUAUGCAAAACAGGUAAGGCAACAUCUCUUUUCAGACUCCUGUUCUAUUGACUGGAGCACAUGAGCUUCCAACAUGAUCCUUACACCAACUGGAUGGGAAGCUGGAUCUAGGAAACAUGGACUCAUGUCUUUCCUUUAGACUGCUUCAAAAAUUAUAUAUUCAUUUCUGUCCCCUCCCCUACAUGCCCUGUGCCCCCCUCAAUUUGCUCCAGAGGGUUGUCAGAUCCACUAGAACAGUUUUAGUGGGGCAUAGUGGGAGGGGAGAACAUUCCUUCGUGCAAGGAGAAAUCUGUGUGCCAGUGGAAUGAGGGACUUAGUGCUGCAUUGAAUGCCACCAGAAGUGUCAACCAUCUUUGUGUAGGUGUCAGUGUACAAGGCUGGGUCAUAUGAAGAAGGUGCUUCAUUAUGAGUCAAACCCCUAAGUCCUUCUAGCUAAAUAUUGUCUGUUCUGACUGACAGUGGCUACUGAAGCUAACCCUUCUACUCAAGAUCUCACAGUGGAGAUCCUGGGACCUUCUGCAGGGAAGAUUAUGCUCAAAUACUGAGCUUUGGUUCCUCCUCAAAAGCAUAUAAUCAAAAGCACUACUUUGAGGGAAGACAACUGAAUCUCCUGCAAAAUAAGUGACAGACAGUUAUUCUACUCUGAGGAUGGAACAAAUUCCCACUACAACUGAUGAAUAUUGGCUCCAGAAAGGGUGCAGGCUAUACCAAUGACACUAGGUGCUCACAGAUCUUACCAUGAUAGAGAGACUUUCUGUUUUGUGACACAAUCUUGUCUCCUUCUUGUAAAAUGCCCCUUUUCUUCCUCAGCCCAGCAACGACUAAUCUGCACUGAAACGACUCACUCAUGCCCUUUUGCCUGAUAGCCAAUUCAAUAAAAAUCAUUGGGGACUUGCAAUCAUAAUUACAAUGUCUUAACAGUACACAUUGCACUUCUUCACUGCUUGAAUAGUUUUCUUAUUACUGCCAAUAAAGAAGAACCCAUUUUAUUCAAACCUUGUUUAUCUAGAUCUUUUGAUUACUUGAAUUUAUGGUGUGUUCUCUACAUAGCCUCAUUCACUUUUAACACUUCAAAACCUGCUCUCAUAUUCAUCUAAACAUCUGAUUAUCCAGAGAUUUUCAAGGUCACCUAGCCAUAGGAAUAAAUGAGAUUGGGCUAUAUUAAUAUAUGUUGGUCAGUGUUGUAUAGAGGUUAAAUCAGGGGUGAAGUAUCCCGUUUGGCUGCUUGAGGCAAAACAGGAAGUGAUGCUUUGUCCUGCCACCACCACCUACCUGCCCCUGCUGCUGUCUGCUGUGCACCCUGCCACAUCUGCCACUGAUGGAGAAGCACCACCACGAUAAGCACUGAUUUUGGGCACGAUUGAGAUGGUUUUGGCUAAAAUCAUGUAUUAAAUGGUAGGAUUUAAUUAGGAAAGUGGUGGUGCAAGAAGAAUAAGAAUGAGAAGAAGAAGAAGAAGAAGAUGAUGAUGAUGAAGAAGAAGAGUGUGAAAAUGAACUGGAAAAGCACAGACCUAUGCCUAGAAUGUGUGGAGGUAAAUUAGUGUGGAUGAGCCCUUAAGGUUUAAGUAAAGGGCCUAAAAUUUAGUCUCUAAAUCUACCUGAUGAAACCACCUCUUUGAUUUUCAGUUGUUCACACAUAUAUGUGAAAAAGUGCCAAAGGCUUUCUGAAGCCAGUGUACUCUAAACUGUGCAUUACAACUGUGUGGUUUGCCAUUGUAUGAAUGCACCAUCUCAAUAUAUGAUAAGCAAUGAAGUAUGUUGAGGAAAUCCGUGUGUUUAUACUAGCAAUGAGGAAAACAUUGUUAAUUCAUAAACCCCUAAGUGACUCACAAAGGUUUUCUUUACGGGUAGGCUGAAACUAACAGCUGUUCUAUCACAUUCCAUUUGCUCAAGUCAACAGACCUGUGUUAAUAGUUUGUUGAUUGUUGUACACUUGGCAAAUAUUUUGGUGCUAUUACUAUGUUUGCGUUUUAUUACUCAGAGUGACAAGAGUUUUUAUCUGAGAGUCAUGAGAUGCUAAACAGGAUAUCCAGAGUUGAGGGAUUUAUUAUGUCUUGUCGGUAUUAGCAGAAUAUUUCCCUUUGAAGUACAACAGCAAGUAGUAUUUCUGGUGUCAGAUGCAUCUUCUCAGCUUCUUUGUCCUUGCGCUGCCUCCAUCUGUGAGAUUUUCCUGAAAGUGACUUGUUAGUAUGCCAGGGAAUUAUCCUGGUUAUAAAGCUAGAUGUUCCUUAGGGCAUGGUAUAAAGCCAAAAUGAGAUAGAUGGUCAGCUUCUCCAUUAAGGUGAUGCUCAAAGGGUACACCUCCAAACUCCUUUUCCUCAAGGCCAUUUCCCGCUCUAUAUACCAAUGCAGGAAGGGGGAAAAGGAAACACUACCAGGGCAGGGGGAAAAGAAGGUUCUGAAAUUAAAUCAGUUGUCAAAGCUUAUCCAACGUUGCAGAUGGGUUCAAUCACACACUCUCACACUGAACUCAUAGACACCGAACAUCCUCAUUAUGCUCCCUCCACCCUGUCACAUGAAGACAGGAAGAGCCUGUUGGAUCAGGCCAAUAACCCAUCUAGUUCAGGAUCCUGUUCUCAUAGUGGCAAACUAGUGUUGUUGUGCUUGGAUCCCUAAGCAGGACCCCAGCAUCACAGCACUCUCGCCUCCUGCGUUUUCAGCAAAUGAUAUUCAGAAGCAUUACGGCCUCUAACCAUGGAAGCAGAGCAUAGUCAUCAUGGCUAGUAGCCGUUGAUCACCUUCUUGUCUAUGAAUUUAUCCAAUCCUCUCCUCUAUCUAAGCCAUCUAAGUUGGUGGCUAUCACUGCCUCCUUUGGGAGUGAGUUCCAUUGUUUAACUAUGUGCUGCAUGAAGAAGCACCAUAUUUUUUGCUCCAUAAGAUGCACCUAAUUUUUAGAGGAGGAAAACAAGAAAAAAACUAUUCUGAAUGAAACAGUGGAUGUAUGGUUUUUGUGGUUCAUGCUGUGGUAUGUGAUUUGACAGUGAGUGUGGGGUAGCCCAAUGCAAAAACCCUGAGAAUCCAUGUGGAUGCAUGCUUUGUAACCACGUUUUUGUGCCAUUGCGGCCCCAUGAAACAAUGGAUGCGUGAUUUUUGGGUGCAGGCUAUAGCCAUGGACAUGCUAUGUGAUCUGAUGGUGAAUUUUCGCCAAAUACUGCCUAUAAUCCUGAUCUCAAAGGUUGUCCAGAACAGGCAGUCCUGUUGACUUUUUCCAGACCAAUUGGCAGCAAGAUUCUGCUGCCAAAAUAGCUCCUCCUUCACGGCCUGGGCAGUGAAAAUUAAGCAGGUUUCUUAAAUGCUGCCACAUGAUGGCAGGAUGUGAAAUGAUGGUUCUCUGUCUCUUGCACAUUGAUUCAUAUAGAACCAGGCAUGUCAGUUGCAGUUUUGCUCUGCUGUCAUUCAAAAUACAAACUUUGUUUGCUAUGGCUUCCUCCUGUCUUCCCAUCACCCUCAGAUUUAUGCUUCUUCUUCGCAUUUCCAUGCUUGCAAGGUUAAGAGAUGUAAUGAUUUACUGUAAUUAAAUCUCUCUCUCUACUUGCUUUAUCAUGACACAUCUUAACUAUACAUUUCCCCCUUUCCACUGUCUGCAAGAUGAUGGAAAUGACAGAGAGGAAAGAUAUUGCUAGAGAGUUGCACAAAUGCCUGAAGGCAUAUUAAUCUCAAAUUAAUCUGGAAAACAUUAAAAUUAAUCUCAACAUCUAAUGAAGCUCUCAGUCCUUGGGAUAGAACACUGUAGGGAAGGUAUUAGGUUUUUUUUUGUUUAAACUGAAACAACUGCUGUUGGUUAAAUAAAAGGCAAGCUUCUGAGUUUCAUAAAAUCUUUAUCAGAGUACAAAGAGAAUCAGGAAGUAAUUUUAAACUAUGCUUUUGUUGUUUGUUAUAUCUGUUAGGCACUCUUCUUACAAAGUAAGUCAAAGUGACUUACAUUAAAAGUUUAGAUGCAGAAUGAGGUUGAUUAACAUUGGGCAUUGAUUAACAAAGUCAAAUUCUCUGUUGUGUGAAUGGAAGUGAAUCAUUGGAUACAACCCAAUAUUUCUAACCCAGUGACCUCCAGUCUCCCUCACCCUAGCAUUCUUCCAUCUCUGCAUUUGGAAUCAUUUCCCCACUUAUUAACAUGGACACAUUCUCUCUCUCAUGUUCACUAAAUUGUCAAAAGUUGCCUUUGUCAGUAGAGGGUACUAGCUGGAUACUCCCAAUUGAAAUGAUCUGUUCUUAUUGCCAGAAGAAUCUCAUAUAAGGAAGACUUUUCAUGCAGACAAAUAUCUUCAUCAAUGCAUUUUAGCAAAUUUUAUGUUCAUGAUUUCUCUAGAUACUGAAUCUGUGAACUUCGGUCUGAAUGAUAGCAAUUUAGCUGAAUCCAUUCUUGCCUUGAACCUUCUGUAACAGGUUUUUUAUUAUUAUUAAAAAAACCUUACCAAAAUGUAGUGAAAUAAAUGGACAUUGGGUAUGAAACCCUAUCACAGUUAGUUUCUCCUGUUUUCAUAUUACCAUAGUCAGGUUUGCAAAUGUACUUUUUUUUGUUACUUUAUCCAGUUUACGAACUUGACCACAGAAUAGUGGCCAUUGGAAUUAUGAAAUUAGUAGCUCACCUGGCAGAGCACAGGACUAUAGGAGUGCUGGCCACUUAAAUCCUUAGACAGCCAGUUCAAAUUUGAUUUGAAGGAAAUAUUUUUUUGAGGAAAGGCUGUAGCUCAGUGAUAGAACACCAGCUUUGCAUACAAAAGGUGCCACAUGGAAUCCUUGGCAUCAUCAGGUAGGGCUGGGAAACACACCUAUCUGAAACCUUGGAGAGCCACUGCCAUUCAAAGUAGCCAGUACUGAGCUAGAUUGAUCCAAUGUAUGACUCCAUUUAUGACAGCUUCCCAUUUUCUGAAUAGAAUCAGACAGUUUGUGAAUCACAGGUCCCAAAUAGUUAUGACGGCUGCAGUUGAACAUAGAGUAAACUGUGUGCAAAGGGGUGCAAUUUAAUUCAGUAUGCCUAAUUCUGCACAAUAUUGUGGCCAUUGUGUUUUCAAGAUGGUGCAGAGUUCAGUGAAAAUGCCACAUGAAACCCAUUGCAUAGGAGUGCACAAAGUAUUUCCAAAACAUUUACAUAAUUAAGGCAAGUUCACCUCCUCCCUUCCCGCAGAAAUAAAGGCAUCAUGUAUAAACAAGGUUCUGAUAAUUAAUAAACAGCACAUCACAUUCUCUGGAACCAUGCAUCACUAGGGAAUGAUAAUUAUAAUGAUUCAGGUGACAUAAGGUACUGAGUAUGAUAAACAUUCUGGUGUACAAAUUCAUCAGUGAGGAAAAAACACAUUUUAUUGCUACAUUUCUAAUUGAGACUAGCCACUAAAUCAAAGUGCAUCCAGGUAGCAAUUGUAGCAAGUCAUUAUUAUAUUUUGUGCCUCUAAGUGCAACUUGUUGAGAUAUUUUGGGAUAUUUAUGUGCUCUUGCAAGUCAAUCAAGCCUUUUGAUUCUCACUGGAACUGGAAAAGUACACUUAGUGCUGUAUCAACUGACUUCAGAACAUUGAUAAACAUUGCUAAUAUGCCAGGAGGACCAGAGGAAAAAGAAAACAAGGCUCUGGAAUCUUUCAGGAAAUGAGAUCUCAAUAGAAACUUUGUUUACUCUUGCAUAACAAGUUGAGUCUGAAUCACAGAAUCAUAUAAUCAUAGAAUUGUAGAAUUGGAAGGGACUCUGAGAGUAAUCUAGUCCAACCCCCUGCAAUGUAGGAAUCCCAGCUACAUCAUACAUGACAGCUGGUAAUCCAACAUCUGCUUACAAACCUCCAAGGAAUGAGAAACCAUCACCUCUCGUGGGAGUCUGUCCUGCUGUCAAACAGCUCUUACUGUUAGAAAGUUCUUCCUGAUGUCUAGUCAGAAUCUUCUAUCUUGAAACUUGAAUCUAUUGAUUGAAUCCACAGCCUCUGGAGCAGCCCUUUAGAUAUUUGAAGAUGGCUAUCAUAUCUCCUCUCAGUCUCCUCUUUACCAGGCUAAACAUACCCAUUUCCCUCAACCAUUCCAGUUAAGGCUUGGUUCCCAAACCCUUUACCAUCUUGGCUGCCUUCCUCUGCAUACGUUCCAGCUUGUCAAUAUCAUGGCACCCAGAACUGGACACAAUACUGCAGGUGUGGCCUGACCAAGGUAGAAUAGAGCAGAACUAUUACUUCCCUUGAUUGAGACACUAUACUUAUUUUGAUGUAGCCUAGAAUACCCUUAGCUUUUUUGCUGCUGCAUCACACUGUUGACUUAUGUUAAGCCUGUGGUCUAUUAAUAUUCCUAGAUCCUUUCCCCAUGUACUUCUGGCAAGCCAGGUGUUCCCCAUCUUGUAUUUGUGCAGCUGGUUCUUCCUGCCUAAAUGUAGAACCUUAUAUUUGCCACUAUUGGAAUUAAUUUUGUCAGUUUUGGCCCAGUUCUCUGAUUGGCUAAGGUCAUCUUGAAUCUUGAUUUUGUCUUCAGAGGCAUUGGCUACUCUUCCCUAUUGGGUGUACAGUAAUCUACAAAUUUGAUGAGCAUCCCCUCAAUACCUUCAUCCAAGUUGUUUAUAAAGAUGUUGAACAACAAUGGGCCCAAGACAGAACCCUGCAGUCCUCAACUUGUCACUUUUUCCCAGAGAGACGAGGAACCAUUAAUGAGUACUCUUUGGGUUCCAUCAGUCAACCAGCUACAAAUCCACCUAACAUUUACCUCAUUCAACCCACAUUUUACAAGUUUCUUUGCAAGAAUAUCAUAGUGACUUACUGAAAUCAACAGUAUAGGAUCUUAGAACUGUAGAGUUGAAAGGGACCAAGAGAGUUAUCUGGACUAGUCCAACCCCCCUACAAUGCAGGGAUCUUUUGCCCAAUGUGGGGCCUGAGAUUAAAUCUCAUGCUCCAUUGACUGAACUAUCUAAGCCUCAGAAUCACUUCUCUUUGAAAAAACAUCAGCAAAGGCUAGUUCUGGAAAGUGCUAUGCCACAAUUAAGCUCCAGACCCAUCUUCAGGAGUCAUAUAUGUUGUUGAUGGAGUUCUCAGCAACCAGAGGGAUGCAAUAUCAUGGCAGUGCUUUUUAGCUUUCUUUGGGCUAUUUGAUAAAAUCCUAGUCUUCACCCCAUUUGGGUUUUCAUUGUGUUCCAAGACAAAAAAGAAUCUCUGUCUCUUGGCAGAAAAUAGAUGUUUUUGAACUCAGUGAGUCAAAUAUACCAAUGCUAAUGAUCACUUUUGACUGCUGUUGAGGAAAUGUAUUUAGCUUGCAUUUUUGAGAUCUUGGCAUUACACUGCUGAAAACUGGGAAAUCCUUUUGACUCACAAAAAUAUGCCAUUACCAUUGCUUCUGAGCUGGAUGUUUCCCAGUUUUUUUCCAAGCACACGCAGCUCUGUCCAGACUCAUGUCUGCUUUUCCAUAUCACUGAAAACUAAUAUGGGCCAAGCAGUGAUGUUCUGGCCUCCAGCCCUGUACUUUGUUACCAGAACACAGGGUCUGGCUCUGGUCUAAACAAUCCCUUGAUUAAGCUGAACUUAGUCAUUCAACCAGAAAGAGGUAAAAGCCAAGGCUUUUUAACCUUCUCACUCAUUUUAAAAAGGGGGAGGGCAGGCACUGUCCUGUUGCAGGGAGAAGUCUUGGAGCCCAACUGAAGGGCCAGCAGGAUCAUCAGGCAUGAAGUGACCUCAAGAGUGAUGCAACCAAGAAAGGCCUGAGCAACAGUCAUAAAUGGAUGCACUGUAUAAAAUAGGCAGGCUCUGAGGCCCACAGCAAGGAGCAAAGGUGCACAAGCGCUUAUAUAUUCAAAGGCAGACAGAGGUCACAACCCAAGUUGGCAAUCAGAAAGAGGGAAGCAGGAACUAGGCAGACUCUUUCACACUAAAGACAAGUUGAAGAGCAAAGCGACCCGUUCACCCUUUGUGUUAGUUGUCUGAAGGCUUAUGUAAGCUGGUACUACAACCUAGAGUUUGGGUUCCCAACACAACACUCAUGGGUACCAUGGAGUCCCCCUGAUCUUCCCCAUUUCUUUAUUAAUGAGUACAAAUUACUCACUUUUGGCUUUUCUGUCUUGAUGGAGGUGUUGCCCUCUUUUUCUCAGCGUCUUGUUUGCUUUGGGGUAUGAGUAUGUAUUUUCCUAGAUGGUAGUGGUGGUUGCUUUCUGAGCACUGCGAGUUUCUCUUUUGUGAGAUGGGUAUUUUGAGGUGCCGACAGCAACUUCUUAGGUUUCCAAAUGUGUCCUCAAUGCCCCAAAAGGUUGGAGGCCCCUGACCUACAUGGUGCCAUGGAAUUCAAGAGGUCAUUCUACUAGAAAAAAAACAGAGCAAUGAUGGUGCAGGAGAUACAGUAUCUGAUGUUAACUGCUGGGAGCCCCAGUUUGAGGUGUCUUUGCUGGGGCUUUACAGUGGCCCACCAAUGCCUUUGAUGUGGAAGUUCCUGGCACUCUUCCAAUCAAACACAGCGAGUUAGAAACACAUUGCCAAGAAAGAGGAAAAUGCCAAAGGUCAAAAGGGGACACAGAUUUGCCUAAAAUUUGCAUCUGCUCAUAUGUAUAGAUGUAUAUGUAUAAAUAUGUAUAGAUGCAUAUUUAUACAUAAUUACUCUUAUUCAUAUAGAAAUAAAAUACAGGAUGGUUACGGCUCUGCAAUGGGGAUAAGACCAAAUCCCAUGGCAGAGAGAGGAACAGCCAAGUCUUAUGGCCUGUACCUAGAGCAAACAAUUGGGCAAAUUUUGAUAAACAGGUGCCUUUUGUUUAAAUGGCCUUUUGCUUGCUAUAUCUAAGCUACCAACCCCAGCCCAGGACUGGUGUAGAGAAUGUAAGCAUUUCCAAGUAAAACAAAUAUCUCAGCCUGUCUCUACAUUCCCUCAAAAAACAGCUAUUCUGCACAUGUGCUUGUAUUCCAACAGCAGAUUGUGUUGUGUAUGCGGUCGAAGGGCUGACAGCAGAGCCAAGAGAACAAGCUUGGGUGCACAUGCUUUCUGCUGUGGCUAACAGAUAACCUGAGCCACAACAAAAGUGUCUUUCUUUGAACUGUUCUGCGAGGUAUGUUGGAGCAAAUUGCUUUCUGUUGUUAUGCCGAAAAGUUUGCUCUCCCCUCCUCCCCACUCCAACGACAUCUUUCCCCCCUCCCCUUUCUUCAUGACAGACUAAAGAACUCAUUGGGGCUAUAAUGAAAGGCAGACCGCGCUCCCUGUCAUGUCAAGAACGGUGCAGUCGGCAAAGUCGACAUGAUUUCAUGGCUAAUGAUUCACUCGCUAAUAUCAAUGUGGGCUGCAGUGAGGAUAACCAAGUUGAGCUGUCUUAGAUCAAAUGAUUCAAUUAGGCCAGCUGUCCCUAUUUGUCAUGGCUCAACUCGCUUUCAAAUUACCUUUCCAAAGUGCAUACGUGCCUUAGCAUAGAACUUAACAGCUCAACUGUUUUUAAAAAGUGGCUGUUUAGGCACGGGUAGAAGAAAGUUGCCCUUUGUAUUAGGCAGAGUUCCCCCCACCUGCUAAUAAACACCAGCCACUAAACUAACCUUGCUUUAGACUGAGGCAGGAGUAACCCCAAACAAUGCAUCCUGCCAGUUUGGGAAAUCCAAAUGGUGUCGUGAGGUGGCACCCUCAGCAAUCUUCAGGGAGGACAGCUGCCAGCCUGGCUUUCUGAGCCUCCUGCUUGAAAGAAGCAAGCAGCAGAGUCUUGUGGGCACCAGCAAGAGUCUGGCUGGUGCAAGUGCCAAGCUAGUGAGAUCACUUGCUGGCAGGAGAUGGGUUUUCCUUUGCUGGAGGUAAAUGGAAGGCAGCUUUGGAGAAUCUCUAUCUGAGGGAGAACCCUUAAGUUAAGCCCUCUCCCUAGCUAAGGCUGCUGAGACUGGGGGGACACAGGACUAUUUGCUCUACCAGACUCAGGGCCAGCAGGGGUUCAACAGUUUAACAUUUACUUUUUUAAAACGUAACCUUUGUAGAACAAAAGUUAUUGAACAAAAUGUGCAGGCAUCAUUCAAAACAACUUCUUUUAGCCAAUAGCCAAUAAGCAAAGUCAAAGCUGUGAUUGACAAGUGUUACAUAGAAAAACUGAGUAAUACAAGUCCAAGGAAAGGUCCCUAAAACUGCUUUAGAAUGACCUAGGAAUUCCCUUCUCUAUUUUUAGAAGGAAUUUCCUGGGUCAGCCUGAAGCAGUUUCAUGGCUUAUUCCAUGGAACUCUCACAAGAUCUCACUGGAAAAAGGCCACCUCUGCUUCAUGGCCUCCUCCAUGAAUUUGUCUAAUCCCAUUUUAAAACUGUCUAAGCUGGGGCUUUCCUUCACCUAGCGAUGAGAGACAGAUGCUCCCAAAAUUGGCUUCAUUGACUGAUAUCAAUGUCAUAUCCCUGUCUUUGUGUUCCUAGAGGCACAUAAACUGGGCAACCAUAGAUAAACCAGGAUAUCUUGAAACCAUAUUCACCUAUAACACGGACAAUAAUGCUGGCCUAGCUAGCAUUACUGAGCUUGUAUAUGUGAAAUGCACUUAGAAAUUAAAGCAAAUGCUAAAUAACUGUUAAGUAUUAUCCUGCCAUAUUUCACAAUAUGUGAGCUUGCUAGUAAAGAUGCAGUGGCCCAGGGAAUAGAUGGCUGGCCUUGGAAGUUGGUGCUUGUUCCUUAUAAAGGUGCUAGGGAGAUUAUGAAUAAUAUCAUACAUAUAGUUUCUGUUUGGCACAGGAAUUCUGUGAUUGCAAUGCCAAGCAAAGCUUAACCAUUGUUCUUUGACAGGGUGGCAGGUAGAGGAAUUAUUUUCUCAUUCCACUACAGAACAGUCAGGAUUGGUUAACAUUAUUUUCAAUUAAUAAAUGUUGAUCUGCAGAAUGUUUAGAAUUGGUUGGUGGUAGACUAACAGAAAAUGCUGGCAUGGGGUGAGUGGGGGGUAGAAGGUACAUCAGGAUCUACUAGAAAAUCCCUGGGUGAUCUGCAGUAGAUCAGAAAGGGUUUUUGACUCCCAGUUGUUUGAACAACAGUAAGAAUUAAAAUGAUUUAUUCCUCAUUUUAUUAUCCUGAUAGAAUUCCUGAUCUGUAAUUCAGAUAUCGAUUUGUACAUGCUUAUACAAGUGUAUAGCUCAGUGGGUGGAGCUCAUUGUACCUGGCCUACACCUGGUAUAUGGGGCAAGUAUUAAUCUGAGACCUGUGUGUUCUAGCAUAUUUGACUACUAUUAGAUUCUUCUUGGGCUGAGACUAGAAUCCCCCAAUUUUUCAAGAAUUGUAGCUAUGCUAAAAGGCAGAGAGCUAGCUUCAAAUGACUAUUGCUGUCCAGACCAACAAUAAGACUAAACUAUAAGUUACCCUAGCAUAUGGUGCCACAGAAAAAGGCAACUUUGAAGCUAGUUAAAAAAAGAAAAAAGGAAGCAAAAUGCAACGCAUUAGGGCAUGAGAAACAUCUGCUGUGUGCCCUGAUGCUAUUAUGUCCCACAUUUCUUUACUCACUACCAGUGAUAGCCAAUGAUAUGGAGAGAAUCUUAAGAAACACAGAAUUUCAUGAAAUAUGGACCCAGGUAAGUUAUACUAAACAUUGCAGUAGAUGAAGAGAAAGCUAGACAGGCAAGUCCUGUUUUCUGUGACAGUUUCAUGUUUAGGGGUAACAUCUAGUUUGCUCCUUGGUUCUAUCAAAACCCAAGUUAGGCACAGUAUCAAUAGUGGAACAGAGCUGUUGUCCCUUCCAAGCAGAGGACGGCUAAUCAAAGCAUCAAGACUGAGCAGAAACUGACUUAUAAACAGACAAAAGAAGGUGCAGAAUUAUCUUGUGCAUAUAAAAUGAAUUCCAUUUGUGCAAUGUAAGAAUACAUACACAAUGCCAUCAGACCAGAAAGGAACCUUUUUUGUAAUAUCGGAUGCUCAUUUGUUGAUUUGAAGAAAAAUAAAAUAAAACAAGCAUUAGGUCUGCCAGACAUAUAUUGACUUACAAUGCUAAUGCAUUUUGGAUUUUUUCCUUGAUCCAGUUUCAUAUGAAGAAGCAACUGAAACGCAAUCUCUACGAGAUGGAGGCUCUGUGGGUGAUUGGGACAGUAACCUGCUGUUGAUGAGGUUGCAUUCCCCUUGUAGGAGCAGGUAGGUAGUCUGGGAGAACUCUUAAAGUACUCAAAUAGCUGCAGUACCUUUGACCAGCUAAGUGCUAUGACCAGGGGUUGGCAACCUAAGACCAUGGGCCACAAGCGGCCCAUGGGGGUCGUUUAAAUGGCCCAAGAGCUGCUCCCGAAUUGAGCCGCCCGCUUGGCGAGUCCCCAUGUGCUGCGCUAAACCGGCACACUUCUGUGCUCGCUUCUGCUGCACCGGAAAUCGCAUGUGCUCAUGUGCAGGCGCCGGACAUCGCGUCUGUGCAGACGCAGAUGCCGGAAAUCACGGGUGUGCGCGCUCACACACAUGCACGGCCCAGCCCAUGGAGGGAUCUCUGCUGGAGUGAACCGGCUCAGGCGAGGUAAACCUUGCCGACCCCUGGCUAUGACCAUUCCACAGCAGGGAUAUCCUUGCUUCAAUAAUACAUGCCCUGGGAACUUUCUUGAUUUGAAUACUGCAAUGUUCUCUGCAGGAGGCUGCCCUUGAGGACAACAUGAAGCUGUAGCCAGUGCAGACUGAGGCAUAUUGACUCGUAAAAUGAUCUGUUGUUUGCUUUUAUCUCACUUUCUUAAUUUUGCUUCAUCCUCUCAUGGUUGGUAUUUAAGGGGCAGAUACAGAAAGCUGAUUUAGUUUGGUCCAAAAAUCUGCAUUGCUCAGUGAGACAACUUCCCCCUCUUUGGACCACAGACCUCUAUGUUGCCUUAGAAACUCCCUUCAGUUUCAAAGAAGUUUGCCAUUUGGUAUGAGGAGCUGUGGUUUAAGAAGAGACCCCUUUGAACACAUGGAACAAGUUACACAGUUCUUUGGGUCCAGGCCAAAGUCUGGAUUCUGAUGCUUUUUUACUCUAGUGCUAUAAUGUUGUUCUUGCUGUCUUAACCAAAUGUAGCCCUCUGCAAACAUUUCCUUUCCUCCGUCCCCUAGGAAGCAUCAACUCCCUCCCUGCAUAUCGAAACUUGAAAGCCUUGUGGAUAGCUUAGCAUCUGUACAACAAAGGCUUGCAAAGUGCUAAUGGUGUGUGUUAUGCUGUAUAAAUCUUUGCCUGCAAAUGCUGUACAAAGCAGAAGUGAAAAGUGUAAAAACAGCAAAAAUAUGAAAACUGUAAAGAUAUUUAAUGUGCAAAAAGAACCAACGAAUGUGUGCCAGCUCAGCCAGUUGCCUGAGGGCAACUCUCAAGAAAAUCUCUUGAUGGGGUGGCGAUUCAGCUGUCAAGGUGCCUGAGUGGACUUGUGGUCAUCAUAAUGAUUGGCUAUGGACUGAAUUCUUUCCCCACUACAAGAAAGCAAUAAACAGAAAAG